CAGAAAUCUGUUUCCCAUCUCCAUGAGCUCAUAUUUACACAGCCUCAGGGAUUUGGUUCAGUCUCCAUGAGCCCAGCUGUGAGGGACUACAGGAGCAUCCUGGCAAAGCUCCAGGAGGGAGCAGGAUCUGGUUGGGCCCUGUGAGCUUGAGGUGUUGUCCAAGAUCACCUCGUGUUGGGAGGAGCUGAGGGACACUCUUGUCCUGGAGAGUGGCCCUGUCUCCUCUGUGGCCCCGGGGAUGGCAGAAGCCACUUGUGAAGAAGGUGGAGACUCAGCUGCUGUGAUGGAGCUACUGCAGGAGAGAGCAGAGGGAAGGACCAAUUUCAGCCUCAGAUGCACCAGAACCAGAAAGGUGACCAUUGUGGUCACUGUGCUCACCGUGGUGCUGCUUCUCACAGUUGUCAUCAUGGCACUGGCAGCUAAGAAACACCAAUCCUGCACUGCUCCAACCCUGCCCAGUUGCUUGGAGAGUGGGAUCGGCUUUGGGAAGAAGUGCUUUUACUUCCUGGAGGAGGAAGUGGACUGGGAAGGGAGUCAGCACUUCUGCCUCUCCCGCCAAGCCCACCUGGCCACCAUCGACACCAGGGAGGAGCUGAAUUUCCUCCUGCGCUAUGGGAACUUCAUGGAGUACUGGGUUGGUCUCCGGAGAGAAGGUUCCGGACCUUGGAAAUGGCUCAAUGGUUCCCUCUUCAAUGCCUUCAUUCAGACACAACCCAUGGAUUUGUGGGAUGCAGAUGCUGAUGGGGGCCUGAUGGCAUCCCUGGAUGAAUCUCCUGGGACCAAGAACAUGAAAAUAUUCCCUCUGUUGAGAAGUGGAAGGUUUGACAUCCAGGGCAACGGCCACUGCGCCUACACGAACUCGCACAGGAUCAGCAGUGACAGGUGCUCUGAGAUGAAAUUCUCCAUCUGCAGCCACCUGCAGAAACAUCCCAGUGAAGUUCAGAAGGAUUCAGAAAUCCUGAAUUCCACCUGAAACCUCCCUUUUAAGCAGAGAUCCACCACCAGCUGCUGUUAAUCCCACACAAUGUGGUGCUGAUUCUCUGUUGUUUGUAUUUGUUUAAAUUUUAGCUAAAAAGAAC